GCCUACAUUCAAGCCGGUGCAUUUGUGCCUAUACUUAGAUUGCGCUUUUGCGCCUAGACUCAGCUUACGCUGCUGCGCCUGCACUCAGCUUACGCUGCUGCGCCUGCACUCAGCUUACACUGCUGCGCCUGCACUCAGCUUACGCUGCUGCGCCUAGACUCAGCUUACGCUGCUGCGCCUGCACUCAGCUUGCGCUGCUGUGCCUACGCUCAAGCUGAUGCUCUCACGUCCUGGGCUUUCAUUAUGAUUUAUCAAAUAAGUUGAAACUGAUACUAUGGUUGUUUAGAAAUACAUAUUAUAUCCAUUCUAUCCAAUGUAUCCAUUCCACAUUGUUCAAGGAAUCAAUGUGGAAUUGCUGUGAAAUGUUUGAGUGGCUGAAACUAGUGAUGUUGACAUAAAAAUGUGAUGAAAUAAAACUUUACCAGAAAAAUAUUACUAUUUAUAUAUGAAAAGAAUUUAAUACAUCAAUAGUUAUUCUGUUAAGUGUGUAAAAGUGCUGAACCGUUGAGCAACAAUGAUAUUCAAACGUAGGCUUAGAGGUUUUCUCGGAGUAGGCCUAUUGUGUUUCCUGGUUUUCCACUUGGUAAGUUUUUAUGAUGUUUGGAAGACCUGGAAGUCUAAAGCAACAGAAAAUUUGAACAAUGUCGAGUCUGAACGGGUUAAGUCAGCUGGGUGUAAUGACUCUGGUGAGGUUAGGUGUGAACACGGCCAGGACCCGUCCCCACCUGGGGCCCGUGGCACUCAGGGCCCGUCCCCACCUGGGGCCCGUGGCACCCCGGGCCCGUCCCCACCUGGGGCCCGUGGCAUCCCGGAAGUGUCAUAUGAUCCCCACAGCCAGUGGACAAUGCAGUUGAUUCUCAACGAGUUAAAUGAUUGGUUCAAAAGCGAUGACUCGGGCGAUUCGUCCCGGAAAACCGGUGAAUCUGUUGAUUUUCAGCAUGAUAAACAUGAUGUGUUGGAGGAGGCGGGAGGCAGGAAGGCAGUAGAGGGGACUCCGCCCACUGAUUACGGCGUCAAUAUAUCACUGGUCGCUCCCCACGAUGGCUCGAGUACAGGUAGUUCUCCCGGAAACAUUUCUGACAACAUCGAACAGCCCAGUAAGAUGAUUCAUAGGGUCGCGCUCCUGGGCCCUGCCUCCCAGCCCUCGCCGCUGCCCCCAGGACCCACAGUCAACCAGACUAUACGGGCGAAGAUGAUGGAGGGCUCGCCCCUGGUAUCCCUUCGCCAGGAUAAGUACUGGCCGAUAGUAUUACCUCCCUCAGAAGCUUCUGUUUUCGCCUCCAUCGACUUCUCCAGAUACUCGCCUCAGGAUCGGGAGUUCCUGGAGGGUCGUGUUGGCGUGUACGAGGCGCGAGCGAGGCAGGUGGGGCAGGCGUGUGAGCAGCAACACGCCCUCGCCACGCCCACCACCGUCAAAACAUUCGUCUGGGACCAGAAACACCAACCAAACCUUGUUUGGUGCCAGAUGUCCAAGGUGGCGUCGACAACGUGGAUGGUCAACUUCCUCCGUCUUGCUCACUACCGCGAGAACGACCCAACUCUCAGCCACCUGCCCCCGAAGGAGCGAGAAGCCGCCCAGUUCGAGGAGUCACAGUUCCUGGACGUGAACAUGCACACCAUUGUGUACCGGUUCUUCCCCGCCCCUGACACCACGGUGAUGCGAGAUGCCGUCUUCCGGGAGGCCCUCAGAGUCAUCAUCGUCAGGCAUCCCUUCUCCAGGCUGCUGUCGGCCUACAGGGACAAGCUGACCACACUCUCCCCGCGGCCACUGAUGUUCAACUUCCGUCAGCUCCAGCUCGAUAUUAUCUCAAGGUACAGGUCAAGUGGCAGCAACGAGACUUCGAUCUUCCCGACGUUUGAGGAGUUCGCUCAGUACGUCAUUGACUCCACCGCACACCUCCACACCCUCAAAGACUGGAGGAAGGUGGUGUGCUGGACGCCGUACUGGGUCCAGUGUGGCGUCUGUGCUAACGACUUCCAGCUGAUCAUGAAGCUGGAGACGAUGGAAGACGACGAGCGGUUCCUGGUGACCCUGGCCGACCUGCAGGAGCUGAAGGAGAUCCACGAGAGGAGGAACGCCAAGUCAUCCUCCAGCACCUCCCACCACCACUACUUCAAGCAGCUGAGCACCCAACAGAUGCUGCAGCUGCAUCAACGCUACCUCCUGGAUUUCCAGCUUUUUGGGUACUCGCUGGACGAGUACCUGCCCUUAGCUAGAGACGCGCCCGACCGUCUCCCGCCAGCUUCUUGACUACCAAAUAUUUCUUCUUCGCCGGUCAACGCAUACAGUACUGUUAAGUAACUAACAAUUAAAUGGACAGCUUGAUAGGAGCAGCUUGUCUUGUUGUGGAUCAGGAGCAGGGACCAUCGUGUCCCGGUGAGGCCGCAGGGGUUGAGGUUGUGGACGAAGCAGAGUUUGAAGGACAUGAGAAAUAAGGAACAUUGCAGUAGGUCGACUGGUCCUUUUGAGAUAGGUACAAAUUAUGUUAAACAGUUUUCACUUGUGUAACUUUCUAUCCUUCAUUAAAGCUGGUAAAUUGU